AAGACUGGCAGUGCUCGGUGGCGUGGCGAGUAAGGAGGGACAGUGUUCGCUGCCACAGUUCCCAUCUUGACUUUAAGGUGGAAGGUGAGAGUCAGUGGUGCUCUGUCGCCUUCACACUUAAUACUAGCACCUCUCCACGUGCUCUCAGGAGUGAAGCAGAAACGAUACACAAAGAUGUCGAAGUGCGCCUCCCUCUGCCGCUGCCUGUUUAUGGAGUGGCUCCCUGUACGCAUAGGAGUGGCUCUGCUCACUAUGCUGGGGCUGGUGAACGUGUUUAUGGUGCGCGUCAACCUGUCCGUAGCUAUCGUGGCCAUGGUGCACCAUAACACCAGCGGCACCACCUCGGAUCUCCAGGCACACUGUCAGGCCUUCAACGGCACGCGAGCUGGCGGGAUGUUGGUGACCCCAGCGCUGGGAGAGGCGGCGGGGAGAGAGAAUACAACGGGGUCGCAAGCGCUGCUGGUCGAUCCGGUUGAGUGGGGAAUGGAAGAACAGUUGGCGGGAGAGGAGGAGGAGGAGGAGGUGAAGGAGAAGGGGGAGAAGGAGGACGACGAGAGGUUGCACUGGAACGAGUGGGUGCAAGGGCAGGUGCUCGGAUCCUUCUUCUAUGGCUAUUGGAUCAGUCAGGUGGCUGGCGGGAGACUGUCUGAAUUAUACGGUGCCAAGCUUGUCUUUGGUAUCACUGUGCUGUCCGGGGGCGUGGCGGCUUUCCUUACACCCAUCGCCGCCUACUCCCACUACCUCUCCCUCGUCACCCUCAGGGCACUCCAGGGCUUUAUGCAGGGCGCUGCCUACCCUUGCACUUUCACGUUGAUGGUCAGCUGGAUUCCGCGCUUCGAGCAGGCCAAGUUUGUCGCCUUCGUGUUGUUUUGUAACAACAUCAGCAUCACCUUCACCAUGGCUCUGUGCGGCUUCGUGAUCGACAAGCUGGGGUGGGAGGGCGCCUUCUACGUGACUGGUGCCAUCUCCUUCGCCUGGUGCAUCGUGUGGUACUUCUGCAUGUACGAUAACCCCGCGAACCACCCAAGGAUCACCCAAGAGGAACUGAGAUACAUCACGGAGUCCAAGAAUUACUGCCCUGAGUGUAAAACGGUCGUGCAGUCACCCUCCUCGCCCCUCUCAUUGCCUCCGUCCUCGUCCGUGCCGUGGUUGCGCUUGGCUAAAUCCGCCCCCAUGUGGGCCAUCAUUAUGGCUGAGAUCGGCAACUCUUUUGGCUACAGCGUGUACUUCUCUUACCUGCCCACCUAUGUAGAGAACGUGAUUGGCGUACCCAUCAGUCAGAACGGUCUGCUCUCCGCCCUGCCUUUCCUUGCACGGUACCUGGGCGGCGCAGUGUUCGCCACCACCGGGGAGUGUCUGCUGGCCCGGAGGAAACUGACCGUGAUGACCGUGCGGAGGGCCUUCAGCAUCGUGGCAAUGAUCGGUCCUGCCCUCAUGCUGCUUGCCGUGGGCUACUCCGGCUGUGACCCCAUCCUGGCCAUGACGCUGCUGUGCCUCGGCUUCUUCUUCAACGGCGCCGUCACCAUCGGGGUCUUCGCCAACAAGGCAGAGGUGUCCCUUCACUACGUAGGUACGGUGUGUGGCCUGGGGAACAUGUCCGCAAACGUGACGUCGUUCGUUGUGCCUCUUGUGGUGGGAGCCAUUACCAACAACCAGGAAACCCUGGAGGCGUGGCAGAUGGUGUUCUGGACGUGCGUUCCCGUUUACGUUGUUUGCGAGGUGUUCUUCUUCGUGUUCGUCUCCCCAUCUCGCCAGCCGUGGGACUUUGUGGCGGUGAAGGAGGACACACAGAAAAAGGAGGAGUGGGAUGAGACAGCGGAGACCUGUCAGGUGUGUGGGGUCAUUACUCAGAAAGAGUAGAAGGCGCUAACGAGGGAAUGUAUUAUCCUUCUCUUUUCCGUCCUGUAGAUUAUCGAGAGUGGCUCAUGGUCUUUGCACUUCUUCAGACCUCAAUGCAAUGUAUCCCAGUUAGUCUCAGGAACAACAAGAAAAGGCAUGUUUGUUUUUUCGUGUUUAUUUUUAUUUUUUAUUCUAUUUUAUUAUUUCAUGCUGAUGUUCUGUUUCAUACUGUUUACGUGAAAAUACUUUAAAAUGUUAGGGAAGACCAAGGGAAAUCUGGGUGAAAAUAAUGAGUCAAGAGGGAGACAAAAUUAGGAUUAAAAAAAAAGAAAAAAGUAAGAAUGAUACGACUGGAAAUUAAAUAUUAGAACAUUACAGUUAAGGCGAAGACAUGUAAAGAAAGAAAACGGAAGAAAAGAAAAUAUGUAACAAAAUGGGAGUGUUAGAUUAGGCUACUAUGGAUGUUUACUGUAAACAAUUAUUCUCACCACACUUUCUGCAUCACACUACUGGAGAGAGGUCCAUGGGCAUAGCUGAUUAUAAGAAGAUACUAAUGUACUGUAGAUUUUUCCUGUUUUGUAGCAUAUGAGUGUUUUAUAUAAAGAAACAGAUGGAAGUAGCUUGAAGUAGAGACGGUUCUUUUAGUCAGUAGUAGAAACAUAACUAACAAUGUAGUGUAAUACUGGAAUACUAAUAAAACUGUAUUUUGUUA